AAAUAAGAAACAAGUAGCGAAGGAUACCUUAUAUGUGAGUAUGCGUGUAACUUUUGUGUAGUGUGGAUUCUGAACAAGCUGUCAAGCGAUGGUAUCUUAAUCCAGAAAUGUGCGAGCGGUGUGAGCGUAUCAGCAAUAGAAAGUGACAGAGUCAAGGAAUAUAUAUUGAUGAAGAAAGGUAAAGAGAAGUAGGAAGGGAGAGGCGAGCGCAAAGGUUUUAUAGCAUCGCUCAGGUGGCACAGCCAAA